AGUCAGUCUAUAAGAUUUUGCGAGCGAUUUUUGUCACGUUAACGAGUUUUUGCGCGUAAAACGAAACAAAAAAUAAAAACAGUGUGCGAGACGAGUGUUUGUAUUGUUAUUGUUUUUGUGUACUGUGUACUGUGUAGUUUGAAAAUAGAAUUGGAAAAAUUAAAUUAAAAAAUUAAUUACUUAACGGAUUUGUGAUAGAAAAAAAAAAGAAAACCGCCAAAAGUGUGAGAAUUUUAAGUAGGAAUUAAAAAAAAUAUUACAAUUACAUAAAAAAAGUUUAGGAAAAAAUGUCUUCAAAACUUUUGUCAUCAUCAUUUUAUAGUACCCCUACUGAUUGUUUUAAAGUGGGCGAAUUCGAAAGACGCUUGGAUGCUUUACUUGCCGAUUUGCAAAAUAGUGUGCCUGGUCAUCAACCUCAACAUCAACAGCAGCCUCAUUAUGCCACAACACAAACAGUGACAUCGGUUCAACAACAACGUCAAGUACCGCAGCCACAACAUCAUCAACAACAACAACAACAGCAGCAGCAACAGCACAAUUAUAUUGAAUCUUCAUCUGGCUAUGGAAGUCUUCGCGGCAAAGCUCCACCACCAACACAGCCUAUUUAUCAAGAACAUUAUUCUGAAACACGCACAUCGGUAUCACCCUCUGCUGGCCAACCUCAUCAUUUGGGCGGUUAUAAUGGCAUUGGCAAUAGCAGUUCUUCUAGUCAUUAUCAAAAUCAAGGAGCCAUACCUCGUCAACAAUACAAUGGUACAAAUGUUGGCGGUAUGGGUCCCACAUCCGCCUCUUUACAUCAGCAGCAAUUGAAUACGGCUAGUAAUUUGUCGGAAUUGGAUUCAUUGUUGCAGGACUUGAGCAGUGCCAGAUACAAUGGCAAUGGUUAUGAUAGAAAAGAUACUUCUGGUCCAUCCGGUUUUCAUAGUACGCCAUCAUCUAAAUACAAUACUUAUAAUAGUUAUGCUUCCGUAGAAGAACGUCCAACUGUAGAUAGUUUAUUAAAUGAAAUGGAUAAUGCCUCUUUAUAUGCUGUACCCAAUGGAGCACGCACUAAAUCACCAACUCCUGGCCGUCAUGUUACCAUUACCGUACGUGAAACUAAAACUGAAAAUCUUGCUGGACCCGAAGGACCAGUGAGACAAAUGGAAGAGAAAGUUGUUAAACAAAAGGAUACUUUUACACCAAAUAAUGCUGCCCAUCAGGCAUAUGCUUCAUCGGCAACUAAAGAAUUGGAUGAUUUAAUGGCUUCACUUUCAGAUCUUAAGGUGAACAACGGUUCGAAUCAUUAUCAUCAAACGAUAACUGAUUACGCUAAACCCAAUAAGGGCACUUCACACUUGACUCAGACCAUAACUGAGACUACAACUUCUACCCUAGUAGAAGAUAAUCAACCGGAUCAAUUGGAUUCUAUGCUCGGUAGUUUACAAGCCAAUAUGAAUCGUCAAGGUGUCAAUACUGUACAAAAGGGCUGCUGCAAUGCCUGCGAAAAACCCAUUGUGGGACAAGUCAUCACUGCUUUGGGCAAAACCUGGCAUCCAGAGCACUUCACUUGCAAUCACUGCAACCAAGAAUUGGGCACACGCAACUUCUUUGAACGCGAUGGCUUCCCCUACUGUGAACCCGAUUAUCACAAUCUCUUCAGUCCUCGCUGUGCCUACUGUAAUGGUGCCAUUUUGGAUAAAUGUGUAACUGCUUUGGACAAGACCUGGCACACAGAACAUUUCUUCUGUGCCCAAUGUGGCCAACAAUUCGGUGAAGAUGGCUUCCAUGAACGUGAUGGCAAACCCUAUUGCCGCAACGAUUACUUUGAAAUGUUUGCACCCAAGUGCAAUGGCUGCAAUCGUGCCAUUAUGGAAAAUUACAUUUCUGCCUUGAACUCUCAAUGGCAUCCCGAUUGCUUUGUCUGCCGGGAUUGCCGACAACCCUUCCAUGGUGGUUCAUUCUUUGAUCACGAAGGUUUGCCCUACUGUGAAACUCACUAUCAUGCCAAACGUGGUUCAUUGUGUGCUGGCUGUUCGAAACCUAUAACGGGUCGCUGUAUUACAGCCAUGUUUAAGAAAUUCCAUCCGGAACAUUUUGUUUGUGCCUUCUGUUUGAAACAAUUGAAUAAGGGUACAUUCAAGGAACAAAAUGAUAAACCCUACUGCCACACUUGCUUCGAAAAGAUUUUUGGUUAACAAAACUAAGCGAGGGAAAUUGUCUGUCACACGUCUGCGAAGAAAGAAAAAAAGUCUAAAUAAAAUGAAAUUUUAAUAAAGAUGUGUUAAAAAGAAAAUAUAAAAAAUAUAUAUUUAUGUUACUAAUCUGCAAUAAACAGGCACAAUAAAGUUAAGAUUUUAUUAUAAUUUCUGUUAUAUUUAAAUCCUUUAACAACAACAACAACAGAUAGAAAUACACUAAAGUGUAUUAUUUAAUAUUUUUUUUUUAGAUUUUUAAGUUUAAUUAAAACAAAUCAAAUCUAAACGCACAUACAACACACACUCACUUAUUUUAUAAUGCCUUUUAGCAAUCUUGUAUGUUUGUGUAAUUUAUGUAUGUCCAAGUAUCCUUUAGCCAGGAUAUUAACCCCCAUUUCAACUAUUACUUGCUAAUCUUAUUAUUAUUAUUAUUAUUACUAUAACUAUUAUUAAAUUUAUUUACAAUUAUUUUUGUACUACUGUAUUGUAUUUGUGUAAUAUUUUUAAUAUAUUUUUUAUUUUUUGUAAUUUGCCGUUAUAUUAAAGUUAAAUUUAAAACAACUAUUUUUUUUGUAAUUUUCUAUUCCAUUUUGUGCCAAUCUUUAUUAAGCAGAAUAUUUAAUUUUUUUCUAAAUUAAAUUAUAAUUAAAUAGUUCUUUUUGUUAAGAAUUUUUUAUGGAACACUUUUUUUUAUUCUAAACAAAUUUAAAAAAAAUAUACAUUAAAACCGUUUUAUUUAAAAUUAAUUACAAUUUUUUUAUAUAAUUUUUGUAUGAAUUUUUCAUAAUUAUAAUUUUUAUUAUCACAAAAAAAAAUGCAUUUUAUGCAAUAACAAAUUUGUUAAAAAACAACAUGAAAAUUUAUAGCUUUUCAAUUAUUAAUAAUUAAACUUUUAAAAAUGGUAAAUUGAACUAAUGACGAAUAAAUAAAUUUAAUAACGACC